GCAUGGCCCGCCGCGCCUGCCGCCUCGCUUCGCGAUUUGCUUCAGUGUACGUGCGACCGCUCGCGCUUGUCGACGGUUUGUUGUGCUACGCGCACUCACUUAUUACGCAGUAGCAAGUAACGACAGCCGCGUGGACUCCUACAACCGAAACUCAGAACUGCGUGCUUAUUUCUUUUCUUGCUUUCUACGACAAGUUACCGUUUGGUGUUGACCAGUGAUAACUGUUAUCAGUGCGGAAAAGUUUCUUAGUGUUUUUCCAUAACUUUUUAGAACACAAUAAUGUGUGUAGUGCUGAUCGGGACUAAAUUUCUAUGAUUAUAAAAUACCGGUAACGUGAUCGCUAGCCACGUUACAAGGUUAUCGCGCCUCUAACUUGCCUGUGAUGAAUUGGAAAAUCGGCGCGUAGUCGCUCACGUGGUAUGCGCCCCGCCCCCGCCUCGUUCCGCACUUAUAUUUAGCAAAAAUCGCCUUUGGAGACCGGUCCGAGUCCGACGCGCUCGUCGAACGUCUCUGUUUAUUAACGUAGUGAGACGCCACAUGUUAUUGGCUUCGUAUAACAGCGAUAAGGAGUUAGAUAACCUCUUCAGCUCUUUCGUUUCGAAUCGGACCAAGUCCUGGAACUAGUGAGAAUGGAGAAUCUCAAUGAGAACGUAGUGUGAUGGUAACAGCCGUAGCAAACGAGCGCUACUGAGCGCACACUACGAUAAAAUCGCCAAAAAAUUCCACUGAUAAAAGAUUGAAAGUUCAAGAUGUCUCUACCGGGUGGCGGCAGUUACCAUAGCCCAUGGUCUUCACAAACGGCUCUCUCGGAAUUGGAGGGAGCUAUGGGGGAAUUAGAGCCCCUAGGUGAACUAGCAGAAGUUGGUUUCGAACCACAAACUCGAGCGCGCUCGAACACGUGGCCUCUUCCUAGGCCAGAAAAUUAUGUUGACCCAGUCGAAGACGGUGGCUCCAAAAAGAAUUCUAAUCAGAAUCUUACUGGUGCGCCACCACUACCAAUAGCAGCGAAGAAAAACUCCUCCCGGCGAAAUGCUUGGGGUAACCUAUCCUACGCUGAUCUUAUUACACAAGCCAUCACGUCUGCACAUGAUAAUAGACUUACAUUGUCCCAGAUUUAUGAGUGGAUGGUUCAGAAUGUGCCAUACUUUAAGGAUAAAGGGGAUAGUAACUCUUCAGCAGGUUGGAAGUGUAAGGUCCAAAGAACACCGAAACUUCUGCACCGAUCUCGAUAA